AGGUGGAACUGAUGAGCUGCCCGGAACUUUAGUGCCGCACCACGCGCUUCACUCACUCGGACCUGUGAGUGGGACGCACCGAAACGACUGGAGGAUGGCGGAAGGCGGGACUUUCUCCGAGGUCGAGGUCCUGCAGUCCAUUUAUCUGGACGAGCUGCACGUAACGCAGGAGCCCCGCAGCUCACACCCGUGGGAGGUCCACAUCACGCUGUUUCCUUCGACCGCCCAGGACCCUGAAGCUCAGUUUGUGCGCCUGACCCUGCAGCUGUCUCUGCCCGCACAGUAUCCAAAUUCUCCACCCAAGAUCUCCAUCCAGAAUCCCCGGGGGCUCUCCGAUGAGAAGAUUCAAUGUAUUCAGUGCACGCUGGCCGACCUCGCCAAGUCUUCAGUUGGGGGUCCCAUGUUGUACGAGCUCAUUGAGAAAGGGAAGGAGAUCUUGACGGAGAGCAACGUGCCUUACGGCCAGUGCAUCAUCUGUCUGUUUGGCUUCCAGGAGGACGAGGCGUUCACCAAAACGGCCUGCUACCACUACUUCCAUUCGCACUGCCUGGCACGGUAUGUGGAGCACCGGGAGAUGGAGAUUGAGGCUCAAAAGGCCGAACUGGCACUGGACAAGACCAGCAGCCUCCAGCAGGAGCUCAAAGUCCUGUGUCCUGUGUGCCGUGAGCCCCUGACCUACGACUGGGACAGCCUGCAGGCCACCGCCCCGCCUCAGACUCCACUGCUGCCAUUCAGGCCAGGAAAGGAGUUUUUGAGGAAAUGGGCAGAGCUGGAAGAAAUUCUGACGCGUCAGAGGCUAAAAGGGGGUGUGAUUGACCCCGAAGAGGAGAGCAACCGCUUUCUACUUCACAUUCACGAGACACCUUCAGAAGAAAGUGGUAACAAGACCAUUUUGAACCCAGAAGAGUCUGCUGCGGCUACCUCUCCAGCUGAAAACUUGGCCGUCCCUGUGGUAGAAACGUCCGUAGAAGCUGCCCCCAUUGAAGAAGAUGGAAGUCGGUCGGAAACCUCCGGGAAAAAGUGUGACCAGUCUGAUCUAAAGGAACCCAGUGUUCAAGCAGAAAUAAGAACUCCAGAGACACCUGGUCAUGCAUACCAGGAUUUGGGGAAGAACAGGAGAAGGAAAGACGAAAGGCCUCACUGGAGAGGCCGAGGCCAACACAGACGUCCGCAGUUCCCGAGAGUUCAAGAGAAGAGGGAGAUGCAUUUGGAAAGGACCUUUCACCGGAUGGGCUUGCAACCAGAAACUGUGUCACCCAGCCUGCCAUCGGAGGAGAUGGAGAAGAUAGGCCCUGAAUCAGUGCUGCCUGUACAAGUCGGGGUCCGCCAGACAGAAAGGUGGCGUCCUGCCAGACCCGUCCACCAGUCGAAAAGUCAUGUGAUGUGCGCAAGGCGACUCGAUGACAGGAACUGUGAUGCAAUCAGUCCCUUGUCUCAGGACGCUCGUACCGAAACUCAGGAUAACAUUCGGGACUGUAGCACCGGUCAGUCAGAACAUGUGAUAGCGGGCGACGGAAAGAAGCUCGAACCAAUGGUCAACACCUGUGACAAUCCGGUAGAGGAGAAAAUCAUCAGGAACGACAACUUCUCUUCAGGCUGCGAGCCCCCGGGCAGCUCACAGCGGCACAGCAGCAGACCUCAUGGAGGAUGGAGUCGGACAAGUGGCCCGAACCCGACAAGAGGGGGAUAUUGGAAGCCACAUUUCCAGGGAGGAAGAAGGGACUUCACACCAAGGGGAAGAGGAAGGGGCAGGGGGCAAACUGGCUCAAAAAGGGAACUGAAGGAGGAUGUGUGAUGGGGGGCUUUCAACCUGGAAAGAGGGUGCAACUUUCCACAAAAUAAAGCUGAGCACGUGA